AUGGCGGACCGCAAUGUCCCUCACAACUGCCCAGGGAGGGACCGAGCAAAGUCACUGAAACCACUCUGCCAUUCUGCCGCCGACCACCUGUUAAAGGCGAGCCCCUGACACUGCCGCCCCCUCCACGAAAUAGUAUGAGGGACGAGCUCCUCUGGCAGCGCACUGAGCGGGCCGAGUCAGAAGUGGAGUGAAGGGAGCGGAGAGCCGCGCUGACACGCCGCAUGUUGAGCCUGCAAGUUGCCAGACAGAACAAAAGUCGCGUCGACCGGGAACGGGGAACAGCCGCUCUCGGAUUUAACUGCGCUUUUUUAGAGAAACUUGUUCCGGCAAAAUGAAAUUCGCGGAGCAUCUCUCGUCCCAUAUCACCCCAGAGUGGAGGAAACAGUAUCUUCAGUAUGAGGCAUUCAAGGAUAUGCUGUAUGCUGCCCAGGACCAAGCUCCAUCCAUAGAAGUGACAGAUGAAGACACAGUGAAGAGAUACUACGCAAAGUUUGAGGAGAGAUUCUUCCAAACCUGUGAGAAGGAGCUUCUGAAAAUCAACACGUUCUACUCAGAAAAGCUUGCUGAAGCUCAGAGACGGUUUGCAACGCUGCAGAAUGAGCUGCAGUCAUCCCUGGACGCCCAGCGCGAGAGCAACGCUCCGCCGGGCCUGCGAAAACGCAAAACGGUGUUCCACCUAUCGCAGGAGGAACGCUGCAAACACCACAACAUCAAGGAGCUGAAGCUAGCUUUCAGCGAGUUCUACCUCAGCCUCAUCCUUCUCCAGAACUACCAGAACCUGAAUUUCACCGGUUUCCGUAAAAUCCUCAAGAAACAUGACAAGAUCCUGGAUACCGCUCGUGGAGCUGACUGGCGUGUGGUUCACGUGGAGGUGGCUCCUUUCUACACCUGCAAGAAGAUCACACAGCUCAUCACUGAGACAGAGACGCUGGUAACCACAGAGCUGGAGGGAGGAGAUCGCCAGAGGGCCAUGAAGAGGUUGCGAGUUCCUCCACUGGGUGCAGCUCAGCCGGCUUUGGCCUGGACCACCUUUCGUGUUGGUCUCUACUGUGGCUUCUUCAUCAUUCUUGCCGUCGCAUUCGUUCUCACUGGUACCGUGUUCGUCAGCUCUCGGAACGUGUGGCCUCUGGUGCGCAUCUAUCGUGGCGGUUUCCUGCUGAUUCAGUUCCUCUUCCUGUUGGGCAUUAACACUUAUGGAUGGAGACAGGCUGGGGUCAACCACGUCCUCAUCUUUGAGAUCAAUCCCAGGGACAACCUCUCACACCAACACCUGUUUGAGAUUGCUGGUUUCCUGGGUGUGCUGUGGUGUCUCAGCAUCCUGUCCUGCCUCUUCUCAGAUUACACCUAUCUCCCCAUGCAGGUCAACCCUCUCAUACUUUAUGGCUUCAUGGUGCUCUUCCUCAUCAACCCCUUCAAGACCUGCUACUACAAAUCACGUUUCUGGCUCGUAAAAUUACUGUUUCGUGUGUUCACUGCACCGUUUCAUCGGGUGGAAUUUGCCGACUUCUGGCUGGCAGAUCAGCUCAACUCUCUGGUGGUUGUGCUCAUGGACCUGGAGUAUCUCGUCUGCUUCUACAUUUUUGAGCUGAAGUGGAACAACAGGAAGGGGCUGCUGCCCAAUAUUGACGAUCCUGGUUACUACAUCUGCCACAGCUACUCGUACGGUCUGCGCGCCAUCAUCCAGUGUCUGCCGGCCUGGUUCCGCUUCGUCCAGUGCCUGAGGCGUUACCGCGACACCAAGAGGGCAUUUCCUCACCUGGUGAAUGCUGGGAAAUAUUCCACCACCUUCUUUGUCGUCACCUUUGCGGCUCUCUAUGCUACUCACAGAGAACAAGGACAUACGGACGCUGACAUGUUCUUCUACAUGCUGAUCGUGUUCUCCACCAUCAGCUCCCUGUACACACUCAUCUGGGAUCUCCGUAUGGACUGGGGUCUGUUUGACCGCGGAGCUGGAGAAAACACUUUCCUGAGAGAAGAAAUAGUUUAUCCACACAAGGCCUACUACUAUUGUGCCAUCAUAGAGGACGUGAUCCUGCGUUUUGCCUGGACCAUCCAGAUUUCUCUCAGCACAACGACCAACAUCUAUGCCGUGGGUGAUAUCAUGGCAACCGUGCUGGCUCCUCUCGAGGUCUUCAGGCGUUUUGUGUGGAACUUUUUCCGUUUGGAAAAUGAGCACCUGAAUAACUGUGGUGAGUUUCGUGCGGUGCGGGAUAUCUCUGUGGCACCGCUCAAUGCUGAUGACCAGACGCUGCUGGAGCAGAUGAUGGACCAGGAGGAUGGCGUCCGGAACCGCUCCGGCAAGAAGAACUGGAAGAGAUCCUACAGCCUGUCGCUCAGACGCCCCCUGCUGUCCUCCUCACAAUCGAGGAAAGACACAAAGGUGCUGAUUGAAGAUACGGAUGACGAGGCGUUCAGCUGAGUCCACACCGUCAGCACGUACACACUCAUUGUACUCCACUAUACUUGUAAGGACCACCUUCACUUCAACAAUCGGCGUCUACCUUCUCCCUCAUAGUUUCAAGUGUAGACCUGACUUUCAGAGCUAACCUUUAAAUUGGUGAGGACUGUGUACCUGUCCUCAGUUUUAUCGGCGUUACCUCAGCCUUGUGAAUGGUGCUGGUCUUUACAAGUAUAGAAAACACACAGUAUAGUGCAGAGACAUACACAGGAAUUAACAAAAAAAAAAAAAGAACAAUCUGCUGAAGCACAAGCAUCGUGUCAUAUCGGUACUGUGGAGGAGAGAGCUGACGCCACGCCGUCACACAGGUGGACGGACAUCAAGGGGAACCUUCUUAACAAAGCUAGCAGGCCAGACCACACUGCCCAGGAUUUAUCCUCUGCUCUUUUUCAAUGGACUUCUUUAAUACUUGUUGUUUACUUUGGGAUAUUAAGAUAAUUUUAGAUUUGCCUUUACUUUAUCCUGGAUUCUUUUAGAAACAGGCUGCAGACGACUGUUUACACACCUUUUUAACUUCACUAGGAUCUACAGGGGGAAGACAAAGCCAAUUAAAAGACUAAACGGAUAAAAGAGAAAAUAACCUGAGGAAGGACUCUACACACGACAGCAUAUCAAUAAUAAAUCAACCGGUUUCAACUUGUUGAUAACUUUUAUACUUUAUUUCUCUGAGUUGUACUAACGUCAGUGCAAUAUCAUAACAUUGGAGGCACUUGCAAGAAAAGUAAAUUUACUACACAAAAUAUCAACAAGAGUACUUCAAAUGGGAUGUUUUGAUUUAAACGUUUGUAUUCAGUAACGUUUCUUUGUAAUAUAUUUGAUAUAUUUUGAUGUGCAUUAUUACUGUAGUUGAUAAGUACUUCUAUGCGAAGACUAAUUUGAGCAUCCUCACUAUGACUGCUGAUGUAUUUUAUAAUAUGUGGAAUGUUUUUCUUGGUUAAACCUGUGCCAUAUUUUUUUUAAACCUCAUAUAGACCUCUGAAUAGGGCAUUAGUGGCUUUUAAACAUCAUUUGAUUAUAAAGUGCUCUUUUACACCAACUUUAGUUACCUGUGUUAUUGUAUUUUCACACUGAUUUAGAAAGCUUUGUUCUUAUGCAUGGGAUUUCCUCCCCCCUUUCCAGGCUGGGAGAUUUUGAACAGAGUACACAAGGACAAAAAACAAAUCUAUCACACGUUAACGGUAAAUUUCAGCUUAUCACAAUUUCUGAGUCACAGAAUGAGUCAGGUUUCUUUCAUGUAGCUUCUAUGUCAUUGCUGUUCAGUUUUUGCAUUUUAUACAAAUUACUAGGUGCUGUGGUUUGUGAAAUCAGAUCGAAUCCUUGAAAAUGUAGAGAGCAAGCAUGGUAAAUGUCCUGGGCAUCCGACGUCUGCUGUCCCCGCCCUGCUGUCUGUGCCUGCAUUUGAAGAGCUGUUAGUUUUAACUUUAAGGCGAGGUGCUGCUGCUCUUUAAGGGUGCUUGGCUUACUUACUUUAACGUCUGCUUGAGUUUAACAUGCCCGUCCUGAUUGCCCCCCCCUCACUCGACUCCCUGCUCUGAUGGCCCCCCCUUGUGGCUGCGCUGCGUCACCACCAUCUGUCACGAUCUACAGCACAGAAACACUUAGAGAAUAUUUAUUCUGCUUUAGCUUAAAGACUGCACAGCCUCUGUGCCCAAUGAGCUUAAUGAAAGAAAGUUUAGAAAGUGGAUAUUUAGUGUCCAUUGCAAUAGAUUGCACAGAUGCCACAACAAAAACACACACACACACACACACACACACUUGCCUCUGGUGUCAGAGCGCACUACACCACAGCAGAUAGUUUUGUAAAAAGGCUGUUGUCUUGCCUGCAUGCAGAUUUUGUUUCAUGUUGUACAGAUUUUUAUUUAUUCAACAUAUUGUGUAUAUUAGUAAUUGUUGUAUUCACCGACAAUGAUGGACUUGAUUUGUAGCCAUUUUUACUCCGGGACAAGCAUUAUUUUGUAGGUGAUAAGGAGCUUUUUGUUGUUUGUUCACAAUCCUGCAUUCUUUUUUAUGUGUAAAGCUGUUGAAACAGUUUGUAUAAAGACAGAGGGGGGAAAAAAAGAAGAAAAACAAACUGGAGGAUGUGUUUUGUUGCAUCUCGUGAUCCCUUCGUAUUUCAAAGCUCCCGUCAUCUGUGCCGGUUUACCUCGGAGGUUUCACCUCGGAGGUUUCACCUCUGAGGUUUCUGGAGGAGGUGGGGACGUAGGAGCGGAUUCCUGUGUCCGGAGGCUUUUUGUAAAUUUGUGAAUGUGCAUGAAAAUAUUGGUGACAUCUGUUAUUUCUAACUGUCCUGUAGGCGGAAGCACUUUGACAUAUUUUAGUGAGACACUGGAGCAGAUUCUGGUCUGGUCUGUCCAUUCUUAGUGACCUACGACUGACAAAAAAAAACAAAACAGGGUUGUAUUUUCUAAAGUUUGCGUUUCAUAAUGGUGGCGAACCCUGACAUCCUGUUUUUCUCACAGGUGAAAACCACUAAUGUUUUUUUCCCUUCUUUUUUUCCACUGCUUGCUGAAACCUUGAUGGUGUUAAAGUGCUUAGGUGUGCAUCGUUCCCUCCACAUCUAGAUGUUGUUUGUACCCUCUAUAAACUAGCUGAAUGUGAUUGUACUUGUAGUUUAUAGUAGAUAGAUGUCCUGCUUUGAUAAGACUCUAAAGAGGAAAACACUAAAUACACUGUGGCUAAAUGUGAUUUCAAGAGAUACGGAGAAAUGUCUUAAAGUGUGAACCAUCCUCCGAGUCCCUUUUACAGAGUAGUUUGUACAUGUCGAGUGUAUAACAAUGUUCUAUGAUGGUUUUUCUGAUGGUAUUUGUAUUUCUGUAUACACUUUGGUGAUCCUGUCAUAUCUGGGUUUUAUAAACCAUGAUUAUUUUUAAAACUCA